CACAGACGUUUUUGGGAGAACUCUGGUCUGGACAUUGCCUUUAUUAUCACCACUCACAUCCUGUUCACAAGUGGUGUCAGAAACGGGAUUUUACAAUGGACCCUGCAGCACUGAACACCAUGAUGGAGGCUCAGGCACGGAGGCAUGAAGAGACCUUGGCAGCGGUGAUGGAGAGGAUGAAUGCCAUGUUCCUCGCGGCCAACCAGAGGAGGGAACCGGUGGCCGAACCAGCAGUAGCGCCUCCGAAACCUAAAGUGGUGAAGAUGUCGCUGGAGGAUGAUCCCAAGGCCUAUUUAACAUCCUUUGAAAGGCAGGCGACAGCAGCCCUAUGGCCUCGGGAGUGGUGGGCUACCCAGCUGGGACCCAAUCUGAUCGGGGAAGCCCAGGCAGCCUACCACGCUUUAACCCAUGAACAAGCCAUGGAUUAUGAUGUGGUAAAGAAAGCCAUCCUUCAGCGACUGGACAUCACGGAGGAGACGCACCGCCGCCGGUUCCGGGAGUACCAACGCCCCGAAGGAGUCCGACCCCGAGUAAUGGCCCAGCAGUUGGUGGACCAGGUGACCCGGUGGCUCUGCCCUGGUGAACGCACAGCAGAGGAGGUGGCUGAGAUUGUCACCAUUGAACAAUUUAUACAGUUGCUGGGGCCAGAAGCCAGUAAUUGGGUCAGCCGGCACCGGCCCACCACGCUGGACGCCGCAGUCAGGUUGGCUGAGGGGUACGAGGACUCUAUGCCCACACCGCUGCCCACCCCGAUACAUCCCACGCCGACCUUCAUCAGACCCAGGAUGGCGGGCCCAAGGCCUGGGCCCCUUCACCCACACACACCCUUCACGUCUGGACCAGCACCCUCACGUUCCCCAACGGGUGGCCUCGCUCCACAACACUGGAGGCCGAGGUCAACCCCCAGCUGGGGUAGAACAGGGGCCCCCUCCCCGCUGUCAGGUCGGCAGCGGGACAAUCAGGCUCCGUGGGCGCCUCUCCCUCUGGAAUGUUACCGGUGCCAUGGGGUCGGCCACCUUGCCCGGAAUUGCCCCUCAGCAAUGGAGUGUGGUGCGGCUUCGCAUUAUUUGGUACCGGCGACAGAGGAGGAGUGAGAGUCGGGAGCUGCAGCCGCGGAGCCAGCAUUAGACCCGGAGCACGUCCCUCACAGCACAACACAGCACAGCACCAGCACUCACCACGACCCCGGAAGAAAGAGCACAGUUUCGUGCACGGAGGAUUGUGGUUCAGGAGUGUCAUUCUUUUGUUAUUAAGGACUGUAACCCUGCCGUGUCCCCCCGAUACCAUCGCUGGGAAAAGGGGGGGGGUUUAUUAUUAUUAUUUAUUGCAAUUAUUGAAAUUAAAAACACAGACGUUUUUGGGAGAACUCUGGUCUGGACAUUGCCUUUAUUAUCACCACUCACAUC